AUGAAGGAUUAUCCAGUAUUAUCAAUUGUUUUACAAAUUCUUUUUGAAGGUAUUGACGAUGAAUGUUUAAAGGAAACGAAUAUUUUUGAUGAUCUAUGGUUCGCAAUAACUAAUGACGGUUUGAAAUCAAUUACUAAAUAUUCUGAAUAUAUCAGUAAAAAUUCCAUGAGUCAACAAUUGAAAAGUCAAUCAAUAUUAUUUCGAGCAUUAUCGGAACAUUACCGUGAAAAUGUAUUUUUAUCAUUAAAAGAAAGCAAAAUUGUAGACGAUGGAAAUUUAUAUAAAUUAACAUUAGACGAUGUUACUGAACACGGCUGGUUGACGGAUAUACAAUCUAUCAAAGAUGAUGUCGCACCACGAUCAUACAAUAUGCUAUUGGAAAAACUUCAUUCUUUCCAUAAGAAGACAGAAUUGUCACAACAUGAACAAUCGAAGCCAACACAAGGUGCUCAGAGAACUGAAUUAGUACGACCAGAGCUAGCAUCUAUGGGAGAACAAUAA